UUGUUGGCAAAUCAAAGUUAUUACUUCGUUUCUCAGAUGACUCUUUUACGCCCUCCUUUAUUACUACCAUUGGAAUCGAUUUUAAAAUUAGGAAAAUUGAACUAGAUGGAAAAAGAAUCAAGCUUCAGAUAUGGGAUACCGCAGGCCAGGAACGUUUUCGUACUAUAACUACAGCAUAUUAUCGCGGUGCAGUGGGUUUGCUGUUAGUAUAUGAUGUUACCGACGAAAGGUCUUUCAAUAAGCAGCAUGCCAGUGAAGGAGUCAAUAAGAUUCUUAUUGGGAAUAAUUGUCAUGAAAUUGAAAAAAGGGUAAUCACUAAAGAACAAGGUCAGGCACUUGCAGAUGAACUUAAAAUAAAAUUUCUAGAAACAAGUGCCGAGGCUAAUAUCAACGUUGAAGAGGCAUUCUUUACUUUGGCCAGGGAUGUUAAAAAGAGGUUAAUAGAUUCGAAUACACAUGAGCAACAAAAGCUAAUGCCAGAGAAAGUAAAUCUAAAUACCAAGCCCACUUUUGGAAUAAGUAUUGACAUAAAAGAAUCAUUUUAUACUUUGGCUAGGAAUGUUAAAGGAAAGCUUAUUGGUGCAUAUCAA